CGGUGACGGCGGCCCCGUCAGCCCGGCUGGGCCCAGGGCGGCCCGAGCGGUCCCGGGCAGCGCCCGCGGGAAAAAUCCCGGGGCAUCGGUGGGGCGGGGCCGCCUCCGGUGCCUCUGCCGGGGCAGGAUGGUGCGGGGUCGCUGCCUCCGGGCCAGGCCUCGCGUUCUACGGAAGUCCCCUGAAUGGUCAAGAGAUCGUGAGGCCUCCCCGUUCUAUCGCCCCGCUCAGCCUCUGGCAGUGGCUGCUUCUCUCUGCCUGGAUGUGCCUCCCCCGGGGCUGGAUGGCUUUUGCCCCUCGCCUCAUCCCUGCACUUCCCGAGCUUUGGCGUUACUUCUGCCUUUCACAUCCUCAGCCUGCCCGGACCAGCCCCGCUAAUGUGAUUAGGGGCAAUCUCAGGCUUUCUCACAGCCUGGGUUUUACAUUCCAGGAUCCUGCGGGCUGCAUCACAGAGUAGUUGGGGCUGGAAGGGCCCUGUGGAGAUCACCCAGUCCAACCCGAGGCAGGGUCACCCAGAGCAGGUGACAGGAAGGCGUCUGGGUGGGUUUGGAGUGUCCCCAGAGAGGGAAACCCCACGGCCUCUCUGGGCAGCUGUUCCAGUGUUCCCAACUGCCAGCACGAAGUGUUGCUGCCUGAGGCAGUGUCUCUGUACAGCCCCUGGAAAGGAUGAGCUGAGCUCAGCCCCAGACAGGUCUGGAGGGUUUGGGGGUGUGGACAAAGGGAUGUUGGUCCUCGACAGAGGACAACCAUCCCUGCCUGGUGCCAGCUGUGAGCAGAGCUGUCCCAGGCCUGCCUCUGAGAGGUGCAGGGCACCUCUUCCUCCUUGUCCCACAGAUGUUGAAUCUUUGCAAAUGCAUUGCUUUGGGCAAUUUCCCUGGGAAAAAUGUGUGGGAAAAGGGGGAGGCGAGUGAUGGCAGGAAAAACCUCUGGGCUGGAAAAUGAAGGAGGGAGCAGCACCCUGGAUUGGCAAUAGGGCAGGGGGAGCAGGUAGAGAGGUGACAGGGAGGAGGCAGCACCUGGAGGGAGUGGUGGGGCAGCUGGAGCUAUAGGGCAGAUCCUGAAGAGGAGCUGCUCCAGAAUGUGCAGAAAGACUUUGUGGAGCAUGUGAGCAACCCAGUGAUCUCUGGGGUGCUGGACAGCCUGCUGACCCCAGGGGUUCUGAGCCUUGGUCAGGUGGAAGAGGUUCAGGACCAAUGCAAAUGCAUGUGGAUAAGGCUUGGCUCCACAACACUGUGCUUCAGAAAGGGCACCAAGGCCAGCCAGAUCUUCAGUGACAGCCUCAGGAUGGUGGAGCAGCUGGAUCUGAGCUGAAUCAGGGCCCUCUGCUGUGCCACUGGCCUUUCCUGACACUGAGGUGCCCCCUUAGUCCCCGUUGGUGUCCAGGGCCAGCACGGGACCCGGCAGUACUCCCUGAGUCCAACAAUGCUGCCCUAUGCUCCCUCAGCAGAUGCCAUCACAAGAAUGGACUACAAUGUUCUGAAAGCUCUUCAUCUUCUCAGGCUGCUGAUCUCCUGCCAUGGAGCUGUCGAUGGCGAUGAUGACAAUGCAGAUGGGAGGAUUGGUGAUGGCUGCACUGGGCUGGCUGGGCUCCAUCCUAACCUGUGCCCUGCCCAUGUGGAAGGUGACGGCCUUCAUCGGCUCCAACAUCGUGGUGGCCCAGGUGUUCUGGGAAGGGCUAUGGAUGAACUGCGUCUACGAGAGCACGGGGCAGAUGCAGUGCAAGGCUUACGACUCCCUGCUGGAGCUCACCUCUGACCUGCAAGCUGCUCGAGCCCUGGUCGUCACCUCCAUCUUCGUGGCCUUCCUUGCCUUCUUCAUUGCACUCUCGGGAGCUGACUGCACCCGCUGUGUGGAUGACAACGGCACCAAGACCAGGAUCUCUGCGGUGGCAGGUGUUAUCUUCAUCAUGGCCAGCAUCAUGCUGCUCAUCCCCGUCUCCUGGUCUGCCAACAGCAUCGUCAGCAACUUCUACAACCCUAUGGUGCCUGAGGCCCUCAAGAGAGAGCUGGGGGCUGCCCUCUACAUCGGCUGGGCCUCCAGUGCCCUGCAGCUCUUCGGUGGGGGCAUCCUGUGCUGCUCAGGAUCCCAGUCCCAGCAGGACCCCUACCCCAAGAAGUAUAGGGGAGUGAAAACCUGCGGCCCAAUGGGCUAUGCCAUGAAGGACUAUGUGUGAACCACUGUGCCCAGGUGCCAGCCCAAGGCAGAGCACCACUGUCCCUGUCCUGCAUCCCGUGCCACACCCUGCCCCUGCACUCCCUCCUCCUGCCCAUCCCCACGCUGGCUGACCCCACAUGUGCCCUUUCCCAGGGCAGGGACUAUAAACAU